UCCCCUCCUCGCAGCUUUUCCCCGGCUCCCAAGCGUAGGCUCUGGCUGUCGGGGGGCGGCGGCGGAUCGUGACCGCCAUGUGAUGAUUAUUUCUCUUGGGGCGGUUUCUCUCUCCUCUCGCUCUCUGCCUCCCCCUCCCUCGCUCCCCGCCGCUCUCGUCCUUCCUCUCGGAGGUGGCCGCAGCCGCUGCCGCCUUCGCGCUGACUCCGGCGGCGGCGGGGCCCGCCGGGAGCAUGGGCGGCCGCCGGGGGCUGCCGUAGCGCCUCUGUCCAGCCCACCGCCACCCACCCCGGGCUGCCGGGGCCGCCGCUCCCGCGCGGGCAGCUCGGACGGUCCGUGCCCGCGGGCUGCCUCGCCGGCGCCUGCACCUGUUGAAGCAGGAGCAAGUGCACAUCAAAAGGCAUUUCAUCCCGGACCCUAUUUGCACAGAAGCCUGAGCCCCAAGAAAUCCCUUUCACUAGAAACGCUUGUGCUGCUCAGAUAUUUGAAGUGGAUAUGAAAUCGGGCAGAAUUGAUGUGGAAGGGGAGGGAGAAAGAGACAGCUUUUUAUGGAGGUGCGAAGAGUGAGGGGCUCAGUUCUGGGGCUCAGCUGCUACCCCCAGGAGCACAGCUGAACAAGAGCAAGCACUGACACCGCCUUGUCUCCUCUUGAAGUGCCAGAAGAAGUGGGUUCUUGUUUCCCAAAUUGUGGAGUGUGCACAGAUUUUUCAUGUGAAUUUUCUGUUUUCAGUAAGAAGAUUAAACUCUCCUGGAAAAUAACUUGAUUAUAGUGAAGAAGACUUAGUGGAAAAGUGAAUGUACUACAUAGAAAUGGCUUUAUGGAUCUGGACACUGACGAUCUUGAGCUGUUUUUGCAUCACCUUAUCCAGAAAUGAGGAACUGAAAUUUUUUCAGAGUGCUACAGAGCUAAAUCAUCUAACAGUGGAUAAUGACACUGGGAUAAUCUAUUUGGGAGUGGUAAAUGCGCUGUAUCAGCUUACAGAAAACCUGGAAGUAAUUAGAUCUGUAGAAACAGGUCCAAGAAAGGACAACAAAAAAUGCACACCUCCCAUUGAUGAAAAUCAAUGUAAAGAGGCCGUACUGACUGACAAUUAUAACAAAUUACUGUUGCUGAACAAAGUGGAUAAUACAACUGUGGUAUGUGGAAGCCUUUUUAAGGGAAUCUGUGCCAUCAGAGAUCUACAAAACAUUAGUGAUGAGAAGUACUACGUAGACAGUAGUGGAGAAAAGUCCUUUGUAGCAAGCAAUGAUGAGAAUGUAUCGACUGUGGGACUGAUCACUUCCUUGAAUAAUGACCGAGUGCUGUUUGUUGGGAAAGGGAAUGGACCAAAUGACAAUGGGAUCAUAAUCAGCACUCGGCAGCUUUAUGCCAGGGAUGGGAAAGACAUUUUUGAAAUGUAUACAGACUCAGCAGCUGUUAAGUCAGCUUAUCACUCAUCAAGCACACAACAAUUUGUGGCAGUUUUUGAGGAUAAAAAUUAUGUUUAUUUUAUUUUUAAUCAACAAGAGAAACAACCUGUCAACAACCGCACACUGAUUGCACGUCUGUGCAAGGACGAUGCCCAUUAUUAUUCCUACUUUGAAAUGGACUUGGGUUGCAAAGAUGAUGAUGGUGCCUAUGACCACUGUCAUUCUGCUUACGUCACUACCCCUGGAAAAGAACUGGCUGAGAGCAUGGCUCAGCAGGGACAACCUGCAGAUACUCCCUCAGAUGACAAAGUUCUUCUUGCACUCUUCAGCAAAGUAAACAAAGAUGACGGCUCUCUAAAAUCUGCCAUGUGUGUGUUUUCCUUGCGGCAGAUCAAUGAAAAGAUGGAAAAGAACCGGAAUGAUUGCUACACUAAAAAGAAUACCAGCUCAUUUUACAAACUUUUUUCAGCAGAAAACCCGUGUGCAUUACAUGGACUGAAUGCAAGCAAAAAUUUCCCCUGUGGCUCCGAACACUUGCCGUACCUUUUGGGAAGCAGGAAUGGAGUUGUAGAGAAGGCAGCGCUGCAGAAAGAAGGGAUGAAUCUCACGGCCGUCACGGUGGCUGUGGAGAACGGGCACACCGUGGCCUUUCUGGGAACGUCGGAUGGUAAAAUCCUUAAGGUCUUUCUGUCAUCCACUGCAACUGAGUACAGCUCUCUUACCAUUGAACCAAACAAACCUGUAAAGAAGGACCUGGUCCUUGAUCAAACCCAGGAAAAUCUGUAUGUGAUGACCACAGACAAGGUGUACCGAUUGCCUGUGCAGGACUGCCACAAGUACUCGGACUGCGAGAAGUGCGCGCAGGCCAGGGACCCGUACUGCGGCUGGUGCGUCAGGGAGGGCAGAUGCACAAAGAAGGCAGACUGUGGUACAGCUGAUAUGGAGAACCACUGGCUGUGGAGUCCAAGUGGCACAUGUGUGACUAUCAUUAGUGCAGACCCUCUAAAUAUGAGUCGCAGAGCUCCUGCUAAGGUGGAACUGACUGUAAGUCCACUGCCAACUUUGACUGAGAAUGACAAGGUUUGCUGUACCUUUGGUGAAACAGUGCAUUCUGCUGAGUUGAAAGAAGGGGUUAUUAUCUGUGAUCCCCCUGAUAUAAUUCCUCCAACACCAAAACAUCAAGAUCAUGUUUCAGUUCCACUUCAGUUAACCUUUGAAAAGAACAAGAUUUUUUUUGCAUCACAUACUUACCCUUUUUAUGACUGUGAAGAAGCAAUGAAUCUUAUUGAAAAUCAGCCAUGCUAUUCCUGUGCAAGCAAUAGAUGGAAUUGCCAGUGGGACUGGAAGAGACAUAUCUGUGAAGAGUCCUCUUCAGUACAAGAUGUGAUUAAACAAAAUAUGGAAGGAGAAUGCCCACAGUUUCUGAACCCUGACCCUUCAAUAAUACCUAUGGAGUACCAGACAACUGUGUUUUUUGAGGGAAAACAUCUAGAUUAUUACCAGGGUAAAACAUUUCUGGUUGGAAACAGCCAAUUUGAAUUUGAAACUUCUGUUGAUGAGUCAGAUGAAGGAAAAUUUUCAUUCGUGAGUAAAGAGUUUUCUUAUAGUGCAAAUGAGACCCUACAGCUUAACUUAUCCAUAAAAACAGGGAAGGUCAAGAUUGACAGCAAACUGAUGGUGACUCUGUACAACUGCUCCUACGGACGAAGCGACUGCAGCUUGUGCCUUGCUGCCCCACCUGAAUAUAAGUGUGUCUGGUGUGAAGAGGAGGGCAAGCCCAGCAAGUGCGUUUAUGAAAAACUCUGUCACACUGCCCCCACCGACACGUGUCCUCCUCCAGAAAUCACUCGUAUUGAGCCAAAAACUGGACCACUAAGUGGUGGAAUUCUUUUGACCAUAAUGGGAUCUAAUUUGGGAAUAAAGGCAGAAGAUGUAAAAAAUAUAACAGUGGCAGACAAGGAAUGUCUUUUUAAAGAGGAGUUCUACUCCGUUUCCACAAGGAUUGUGUGUCAAGUUGGACCAAUGAAUGAACUACAACAAGGUCAAAUUGAAGUUAACAUCAAUGGAAAAUUAGGUAAAUCACCAAGUGAAGUGUUGUUUACAUACCAGGAACCGCAUCCUUCUCAAAUAAGACCUGAAAGUGGUCCACAAGCAGGUGGAACCAGACUUACCAUCUCUGGUAUAAAUCUGGCCACUGGUUCCAAGAAAGAUGUUCAAGUUACAGUCGGUAGCCAGCCUUGCAAUGUUACUGAAUUUGGAGAUGAGAUCAUCUGCAUUACAGGACGUAACAAUAAGGUUGAACCUGUUCUAGUCACAAUGAACUAUGGGGGCACAAGAAUUAUUGUACCACAGCUGUUCACAUACAGUGAGAAUCCUACUGUCACCAAAUUCCUGCCAGUAAACAGCUUCAGCAGUGGAGGAAGAAAUAUUACAGUAACUGGAACUGGUUUUGAGCUCAUCCAGUCUUUCUCAUUGGUGAUAUAUGCAGAGCGUCCAGAAGCAGGGAGGAUGAAUCAAAAAAAGUUUUAUGGAAAGGAUGUUACAAGGCUUAAUGAAACGACAGUGGUUUUUUCUUCCCCACCAAUACUGGAAGACCCAGAAAACUAUAACAUUACCACUGUUAUUCUAAUGGAUCAUUAUAAGUUGGUUGUAAAAAAUGAGAGCCACUCCUUUGCCUAUGUUGCAGACCCAACUUUUGAAAACUUCACAGAUGGCAUCAAAAAACAAGUCAACAAACUUAUUAAUGCAAAGGGCAGUAACCUGAACAAAGCCAUGACGAUAGAUGAGGCCCAGGCUUUUGUGGGAGAUGAGCCUUGCAAUAUAAAAACUCUAACUGAAACGGACUUAUAUUGUGAGCCACCAGAAGUACAGCCUCAACCAAAGAAACGGCAGAAGAGAGAUACCAUCAAUAACCUUCCCGAAUUCAUUGUAAAAUUUGGACUCCGGGAAUGGAUCCUUGGAAGGGUAGAAUAUGAUAACCGUGUGAGUGAUAUCCCACUGAAUCUAAUUUUGCCACUGGUACUUAUUCCUAUGAUAGUAAUCAUCGGCAUUUCUAUCAUCUGCUACAGACGCAAGAGCCAACAAGCAGAACGAGAGUAUGAAAAAAUUAAAUCACAACUUGAAGGCCUGGAGGAGAGUGUCAGAGACCGGUGCAAGAAGGAGUUCACAGAUCUAAUGAUAGAGAUGGAGGAUCAGACAAAUGAUAUCAACGAGGCUGGAAUUCCGGUACUAGACUACAAAACAUACACGGACAGAGUCUUCUUCUUGCCCUCCAAAGAUGGAGAGAAAGAUGUGAUGAUUACAGGAAAGCUGGAUAUUCCUGAGGCCAGGCGUCAGACCGUGGAGCAGGCUUUGUACCAGUUCUCCAACCUCCUCAACAGCAAAUCAUUUCUCAUUAACUUUAUUCACACGCUGGAAAACCAAAGGGAGUUCUCUGCUCGAGCUAAAGUGUAUUUUGCAUCUUUACUGACUGUCGCUUUACAUGGAAAACUAGAAUACUACACUGACAUCAUGAGGACGCUGUUCUUAGAACUGAUGGAGCAGUAUGUUGUGGCCAAAAACCCAAAGCUGAUGCUAAGAAGAUCUGAAACGGUUGUUGAGAGAAUGUUGUCUAACUGGAUGUCCAUUUGUUUAUAUCAGUACCUUAAGGACAAUGCUGGGGAGCCUCUUUAUAAAUUGUUCAAGGCUAUCAAACACCAGGUAGAAAAAGGCCCAGUGGAUGCUGUGCUGAAGAAAGCAAAGUAUACACUGAAUGACACAGGCUUACUGGGAGAUGAUGUGGAGUACACACAGUUGACAGUUAAUGUAUAUGUGCAAGAGGGAGGAAAUGAUUCCAUACCUGUGAAAGUGCUCAACUGUGAUACCAUAUCACAAGUAAAGGAAAAGAUAAUAGACCAAGUCUAUCGAAACCUGCCGUGUUCUCAGUGGCCAAAAGCUGACAGUGUAGUUCUUGAAUGGCGUCCAGGUUCUACUGCACAGAUCCUCUCAGACUUGGAUUUAACAUCCCAAAGAGAUGGCAGAUGGAAACGUAUCAACACACUAAUGCAUUACAAUGUCCGAGAUGGUGCCACGCUCAUCUUAUCAAAAAUGGGGAUUUCCCAGCAGCCAGAGGAUAAUCAGCAAGAUGUCCCAGGGGAAAGGCAUGCACUCCUGGAAGAUGAAAAUAAGGUCUGGCAUCUAGUCCGGCCAGUGGAUGAAAUGGAUGAAGGUAAAUCAAAGCGGGGCAGUGUGAAAGAAAAAGAGAGGACCAAAGCUAUUACAGAGAUCUACCUGACCAGACUUCUUUCUGUGAAGGGGACACUUCAGCAGUUUGUAGAUGACUUCUUUCAUAGUGUGCUCAACUCAAACCAUGUGGUGCCACCAGCUGUGAAGUACUUCUUUGACUUUCUUGAUGAGCAAGCAGAAAAACAUGACAUCAAGGAUGAAGAUACCAUUCACAUCUGGAAAACAAACAGCCUGCCUCUUAGAUUCUGGGUAAACAUACUGAAAAAUCCCCAUUUUAUCUUUGAUGUUCACGUUCAUGAAGUAGUGGAUGCUUCCUUGUCAGUCAUUGCACAGACUUUCAUGGAUGCUUGCACAAGAACAGAGCACAAAUUAAGCAGAGAUUCUCCAAGUAAUAAAUUACUUUAUGCGAAAGAAAUCUCUAACUAUAAGAAAAUGGUGGAAGAUUACUACAAAGGUAUUCGUCAGAUGGUGCCAGUGAGUGACCAAGACAUGAAUACCCAUCUAGCAGAGAUUUCUAGGGCACAUACUGAUUCCUUAAACACGCUUGUGGCUCUACACCAACUCUACCAGUACACUAACAAAUACUAUGAUGAGAUUAUAAAUGCACUUGAAGAGGAUCCAGCUGCACAAAAAAUGCAGCUUGCCUUCCGUUUACAGCAAAUAGCAGCUGCGCUAGAGAAUAAAGUGACUGACCUUUGACUCAAAAGCCGCAAUAAAGAAAUCUGAUCUGAAGAUGUUCAAAUUCAUUCUUCCUGUUAAGGAAAUAGUGUUCUAUUUUUUAAUGUAUAAUUACAACUUUAAAUGAAAGAUUUCAUGGUUUUUUGAUAGCAGAGGUGUAAUGUAAAGAAUUUUUACUGUAAAUUAUGCUUCUAAUUAAAAGCUGUGUUGUGUGUAAAUGAAUCUUCUGUGGGAAAGAGAGUCCUUUAGUUGGGGGCAGGGUGGGGGGUGGAAGAAGAAAAACCUAUCGUUCAUUUGAUUUAGUGGAAUCUGAGACAUCAGCAUUUAGAAUUCAUUAUGCAAGUAAAUUCAAUACUAAAGCAUCCUUUCUACCUUAAGCAAUAUUUGUACUAGGAAAACAAUAACAUACUCCGAGACACAUGCAAUAUCCCCUUUUAUUUUGAUAACUGGAAAUUGACUUCCAUAGAGCUCUAAAACUUGGUUUGUGCUCAUAAUGAACAUAGUGAACAAAGUGUCCGAUUUCUCUGCAAGAUCUAAAAAUGGGAUUUGCUACCACACAUGGUUCUACAUUUAAUUAUUUAUCUCAAUGGUGAUGCACCCACCACAGUUGGCCGUGAGAGAAAUAAGAGUAUUGUCAAUGUAGAAGAGUUCUACUGAUGAAGUCUUGUUUGGUUCAGAAAUCACUGCAAAGAAGGAAUCAGUCCUUAAAACUUUAAAACUCUUUGUUAUUAUUGUGAGUUUUAUGAUAUAUGCUAAUGUGCCUUACUUGUACUAAUUCUGUGAAUCUGAUGAAUGGUUUUGUAAAAAGAAGCAGAUCAGAAAAAUAAGUAUUUAUGUGCUAUUGAAUGACUUUUGUGUGAAAAACAUGACCAGCAGAAUGCUUGUAAUUAGCUGCUUGCCGAGAGUGUGCUGUUUAACAUGAUUUGAUUAUGUAUAAUACCCUAUUUUAGAAUGGUUCUGAUGAUUUUUUAUUUGAAUCUUGGAACUGUCCUAGAAAUACCAUCACUUGUUUUUAUUGUAUCUGUGAUGUAAAAUACUACUAUGAUAUUGGAAAAAAUCAUAUACUCAUCUAUUGAAAACCACUCAGUCAGUUUUGAGCCUUGGAAUGCUGCAUUUGAUUGAAUACACACUAUAAUCCAUAGCAAAGAAAAUUGAAAUAACUUGUCAGAAAGUGUGUGUUUACAAUAUAGGUAAGCGCCGUACAAAUCAAAAAGUUAGGUACGUCUUCUUAAAUUGCUGUAUUGCACAUCAGAGAACUUUACUUCUCUUUGUCUUGCAAGUUUUUGGCAGUAAAGUAGCAUUUUAAUGAAGUGCUGCCAUCUGUACUCCUUCGUUCAUUGUCCUGCCAAGCACCCGGACUCUGCUGACUCUCAGCAAGCUAAUGCAGUGUCUGCCGCCCGCUCUCCCUGCCUGGUAGGUUGUCACACACUGACUUUUACUGUCUGUUGAUUUUUUUUUUCCUCCCGUUUUGAAAAUUUCCUAGUAUUUGUCAGUGGGCCUUUCCUUCAGUUUCUGAAAAGCAAAAGCCUCACCAGAACUGGUUUCCUUUCCAGUAGGCUGUGAGCAGGUUUUUUGUUUGCUUUGUACUCGACUUCUUGCAUUUGUCUAUAAUCAUUCCUGAACCUGCCUGGGCUGUAACUUAUUUUAUACUGUUUAGGACUGAGCUAUAUGACUUCUACAGCAAGGUGCUUUGCCAGUUAUUCUUUCAUCAACAAAGGCAUCCUAAUUUCAUGGCUAAUCUGUUUCUUUUCAUUAUUUGUAAAUCCUGUUAAUUGUAAAUCAAAUACAAUGUUGUUUUUUCCA